AUGCCCCCAGUGCGUACGAGUAAAAGCAACAGCAGUAACAUAAGUCUCGACGCUAUCAAGUUUUAUGAUCCUGCGCGUAGGACCAGAGCGCAACGCACUGCAAGGCAAAAUUUCACAGUAGCCGCUCAGGCUGCAGCGGAUAGCAGGUCGUUCUGUUAUUACCAGGUUCCAUCCCAGCAGUCUUCAUCAAAUGUAGCACCUCCAUCGAACUCUCCAUCCGUGUCGCCGUCACAAUCGCCUCUUCCGCCUCCUCUUGUUCCUCCCGUUUCUCCUCUCCUUCCUGUUCCUUCUGUUCCUCCCGUUUCUCCUACUCCCGAUCCUCCUCCUCCUUCUACGCCGCUGACAGCUCCUCUAUCCACACCCUUGCCAUCCUCUGCAUCAGUCACGGUGGCUGCAGUAUCGCCAGGUGUCGCUGUGGCCAAGAAGGCUGCCAAUUCGGACGAGGUCUUUGAGGACAUAUGGGAACAUUGCAUAAAUUUUAGCGUCUCUGAGUCAGAUUGA